AGCCUGAUCCUAUUCACCCUCCUGUGUUGGCAGCUCAGAUAACCUUUAAGGAAUGCAGAAGAUGAUGCCAGAAUUAUUUUGGGUAACGAUUCAGAUGUUAAAAUAGUAGAAAACGUUGCAGGGUAGAUUACCAAGGAGAAAGCAGACAGUUGUGCUGUCAGCCUACAUGUAGCUCCAGGGCAGAGAGACCACGAAAAGCAACGAUUCCAGUCGAGGCUAGAGAGAGGAAUGUAAUUCAUGAAAACACAGAGAAGAGGCCCGGAGGAGGUUGUAAAAGCUGAGCAUCCAGAUAUGCCCAAAGGCUUGAGCUGCCUGGGGAGGCCUGAGGGGGCAGGCGGGAGGUACGAGACCCCCCCGGCUUCUGAGCUCCAUCGUCUGCUGUGGACAAAGAAAGGGACCAACAAACAUCUGGAUGAGGCUUAUCUAAGGAUCUAUAUCGGAGACAUGCACGCAGCCAAAGACAAGAGGACACUUCUGGCUCACCACAUCACUCAUGUGCUAAACGCUGCUGAUGGCAAGUUCAACGUGAACACGGGGCCCAGCUACUACAGAGACACCAAAAUCACUUAUCACGGAGUGGAAGCUUUUGACAUGCCAACCUUUGAUUUGAGCCCCUUCUUUCACCCAGCUGCUAAUUUCAUCAAGACUGCUCUGAGUUCGCCAACAGGAAAGGUGUUGGUCCACUGUGCAAUGGGGCUCAGCCGCUCGUCCACCCUGGUCCUGGCCUACCUGAUGAUCCACGAGCACAUGACUCUGGUGGAUGCCAUCAAAGCCAUCAGCACCAACAGGAAUGUUUCACCUAACGAGGGUUUCCUGGAGCAGCUCAGAAAUCUGGACAAAAAGCUGCACUGCCAGGGAUGAUAAUCAGACUUGAUUCAUUUUUGAUUAUACUCGCUGCUUCCUGCCAGUAUCAGCAGGUGCAGCGUUUAUUGCAAAGAGAAAAUGAGUGUAAAAUGUAUUUUAAUUGUGUUUACUUAAAUAAAUAAAUUCCAUUUUUGUGUAACAAACA